AUGGAGAGAUUCAGCAGAAUCAUGCAUUUUGGGGGACCACUGCUGCAAACCACCCUCUUGAUUGCCUCUGUUUGGAAAUUAGCAGGUAAGGGUAAUUAUCUUCUAUGUCCAUCUUUCAACCUGUGCCUGGCUGUGUCACGUUGUGCUACUCUAAAGCGCUGUGCUGUAUCUAUUGUGACACGUGAUGUUGAUGUCUUCUUCUCUCAGCUUGCUCUGAGGUUACAAUCGUGGGGGGACAUGAGGUCAAGCCUCACUCCAGGCCGUGGAUGGUGUCCCUUCAGGUUGAUAACAAUCACAUCUGUGGGGGCACUCUGAUCCGAGACCAGUGGGUUCUGACGGCAGCUCACUGUAAGGGGUAGGUUAAUUGGCUGAUUACUUGGAUUUAACACCAUGUUAAUAUCUCAAUUAGUGAGUUCAGGCAAGGACACCAUAUAUAUAUAUAUUUUUAUAACGUUUAUUUGGCAGGGACAAUGUACAACAAAACUCGUCUCAGAGUAUGAGAAGUAAUGCGUUGCAGCAGAUUUAGCUGACCGCUAAUUUACAUCUGCAGUCCCCGGCAUGUGAACAUAUAAACAUGAAAACAUUAUGUACAAACAGACAUUUAAAACCAUAGAUAAGGACAUACAGAUAUGUACAUACACCAUACUUUGAAAAUAAGUGCUUUUUUGCUUUUACCUAAUUUGCAUGUGGUUAAAGUAUUUGGAAAUGGCCGUUCAGAGGAAAUUAUGUAAUGUGAACAAGAAAAACGUGUUCUUGAAUUGCAGUGUCUUUGGUGAGUCUAAGAAAUCCGUGACAGCCCUCCUUGGAGCUCACUCUCUGACAAGCAGCAAAAACAAAAACACACAGCGGGUAGCCAUUGAGGAGUACUAUGUGCCUGGCACCUACAGUGACAGAACCAAGGCAGACGACAUCAUGUUAAUCAAGGUGAAUUAAUCACAGCAAAAGCAUGCACUCUGGGGCGCUGUGCCUCAUUAGUAGGUAAAAUGGAAUCAAUAAUGAUAUAGUUGGUUGUUGUCCCAGAUGUAUUUGUUUAUUGAAGAUGCCAUGAGGACGCUUGCAUCAUGCAGCGCAAGAUACACCAAGUCUGCAUGUCAUCAUCACAAGCUAAUUACCUGAUCCUUAACAGUAGGGGGCUUUUUGUUCUUACAGCUGAAGACGAAAGUCAAGACAAACAGCAAGACAGUGAAAGUGAAAGAGGUUUCAAAGUCUGGCAAAGACCUCCAGGCUGGCACACAUUGCCAUGUGACAGGAUGGGGGGUGGUAAGUGCUACAGGUAGCAUGCCAUCAGACACACUGCAGGGGGCAGAGGUGGACAUACUGGACAGGAAGCUCUGUGAUUGCUUCUACAACAGAAACCCUGUGAUCACCCAGGACAUGCUCUGUGCUAGCAACAACAAAAGACAGGCAGAUGCUUGCAAGGUACAGUUUGUGGGGGAACUGAUAGAUCUAACUACAUUGAUUACCAUUUUGUUGCAACAUACUGUGUGGGUAUUUUUUCAUGGUAUUUUUUUGCAUUAUCCUUUGAACCAGUCACAUACCAUGAGCUCUAGUUACUUGGUCCAACUAACAUCCAUGUUAACCUAGACACGUAUUAGCUUAUCAGUGCAUGAAAGGUCAAAUGUUUGUUGACCUUUUCCAGGGGGAUUCUGGUGGUCCGUUGGAGUGUAACAAAGCCUUUGUAGGCUUGGUGUCUGGAGGAAUGGGCUGUGGCAACCCCAAGAAGCCUGGAGUGUACACCCGGUUCUCCAAAAGACACCUGGAUUGGAUCAACAAGAUCAUCAAACAUCAAUCAAACCCCGCCAAUGUUGGCAUCCUGUAA